AUGGCGUCGUGGUUCCGGAAACGCAAAAAGAAGGCGCCGGAGCCUAUUGCUCUGGUGGGCCUAGAAUGCGGCGUGGACGACGAGGGCGACGACGAGGAACGCGUGCCGCUGAAGACGUUCUCGCAUAGAAUGGGGCCUGACGCGGCCUGGGAGCCGUACCCGGCGCACCAGUGCCUCGUCAUCGAGGAGGCGAUGCGGGCGCGGCCGAGCGGCGGGUGCGUACGACUCUCCGACCACCUGCCGUUCGAGAUUCGCUGGGGCAUGAAGGCCACGUCGAGCCGCCUGCGCUGCACUGUGUGGAAAUCAACCCGUGUGUCAGGUGCAUCUUGACUGGAGAGGAAUCGGCAUCGCCACGCCAUCGAGCAGGUGUCGCGUCGAUGGCGUGGAUGAGAACGCGCCGUAAAUUUGAUUUCCACACAGGCGCGGCAUCCCGACGACGCGCAUGAUCCAGGUGAACCUGCGCUCGACAAACACGCGCGUCGUGCGCGCCGACCCACCGCCGCUGCCCCCCAAAAGCUCGUGGACCGGCGGCGAGCCUGUCGACGCUGACCCGAAUUGGCCCACGCGCCGCGGCAACGCGACGCGAGUGCUGCGGAACCAGUGGGGCAGCACGCGGCGGCGGCGGCGGCGGCACUUCGUGCUGGGGCCGAUCCCGGGCGAGGACGAGCAGACGCGGUGGACUUUAAGGUGGUACAACAGAGAAAACGACCCCCAACCCUGCGGCGCCGUCUCGCUGCGGCACGGCGACGUCUCGAUUCAUAAUGGAGGCGAUAGAGUCAUAGACGUGCGCGUCGCGGGGAGCGCCACGGGCGGCUUCCAGAUGGUCUGCGACGACGCCGCGGCGCGGGACGGAUGGUGGCGGGCGCUGGCGGCCUGCGUGGCCGCGACGCGCGCCCUGGCCCGGAAGAGAACUAUUGUUUCGGGCUACGUCGUCAAGGACCUGGACGACGGCGCGACGCUCACGGAGCAGUUCGCGGACGCCGCGACGACGACGGUCGCCGGCCGUGUGGAAAUCAACCAGUGUGUCGGGUACGAACCGGCAUCGCCACGCCGUCGAGCAGGCGCCGCGUCGAUGGCGUGGAGGACGACGCGAUGAUUCAGCACGCGCAGGUCUUUGGCAAACCGAGGACGCCGGACGGCCGCGUGCUCGAGCGGGCGCUGUCGGCGCGGUCGAGCAAGUCGGGCAAGGCCUACCGUGAAGUUGUGAAACUCAUAAUCCGGCCGCCGCGCGCCGAAUACGACGUCAAGAAGCUGGGACCGACGCCGUUCACGUACGUGCGGCGGUUCCGGGGCGGCAAGCAGACCGUCAUGCGCACGGAGUUCGCUGUAGUCAACCAGCGCCAAGACGUCGAACUGAAGUGCAGCCAGUGGAAGCCCGUCGGCGCGCACCUACAUGAGCUUCCCUGUGUUCUGUAUCUCCACGGCAACGCCUCGUGCCGCCUAGAGGCGCUCCAAGUUCUGAAAGUCGUGCUCGAGCUCGGCUGCACGCUCUGCUGCGUGGACAUGGCGGGGAGCGGGCUCUCGGAGGGCGAGUUCGUGUCCCUGGGCCACUUCGAGAAGUUCGACGCGGAGGCCGUGUUGCAUGAGCUCCGGAGCGGCGGCCGGUCGAAUGGUAAGGUCGCGUUGUGGGGGCGGUCGAUGGGCGCGGCGACGGCGCUGAUGUGUACGGCAAAACUGGACCCCCUCGUGUCGUGCGUGAUCGCGGACUCGGCCUUCGCCUCGCUCCCAAUGCUCGUCCACGACCUACUGGACGAGAAGGUCGGGUCGGUGCUCGUCGACGCCUGUGUGGAAAUCAACCAGUGUGUCGGGUGCUCACUAAGUCAUCUCGCGGCGACGACGCGGCCGUCCUGGCUCCGUCGAGCGGCGAGGAACCGGCAUCGCCACGCCAUCGAGCAGGCGUCGCGUCGAUGGCGUGGAGGACGACGCGGCGAUUCAGCACGAACGCGCAGUAAAAUUUUUAUUUCCACACAGGUCGACGCCGCGAUGGGGGUUGUGAGUCGGUCCGUCGCCUACCGCGCGGGCUUCAAGAUUUCUGACAUGCGCGUCGACGCGGUGGCCCCGGUCUGUCCGAUUCUGUUAGUGCAUGGAUCUAAGGACACGUUCGUCGGCCUCAAGCACUCGGAAAAGCUCCAGGAGGCAUUUAAGAGUACCGCGACGCUUCGGGUCGACGAGGGUGGCAAGCACGAUUCGCGGCGACCUGAUGACGUCCUGGUCGACUGCGCCGCGUUCCUCCUCGACAAGCUAGUCGGCGAGCCGGCGGCGGUCCCCGAACUCCGGGCCGCGCUGACGCUGACGAGGGGCCUCGGCCGGCCGCCCUUCGCGUCGUCCACAAACUUCACGUCCGGCGCCGACGCGAACCGCCAGAAGGCCGUGCGGGCGACGCUCACACGGGGCGGAGCGAUAAACACACGUUAAACUUAGGAAUAU